GCCGUACUUACCCUCACCCUCACACAUCACACUCGUUCAAAUUCUUCUCUUUCACAUUCGUUCAUCAUUGCCGUCGCAUAUAACACGUCCACACACAGAGAGUGGCUGAGCGAUCCCGUUCCCCGCGCCUUCCAUUUCGACGAUCGCAACGCCCUUCGUUGAAUCUAUUUGUCGUCAUUGAAGCCGUGUGUUGUCUAUCCAACUGCUUCGUUCCAUCCAGUCUCUUCUUCUCCAUCAUUGAAGCAGUGUCGUCCUUCCAUCUUUGGUUUUUACCAUCAACACCUGGUGGGCAGCCUAUGACGCCAAAUUCCGCUAUGUAUCUUCCUAGCACAGUUUUAGGUGGGGACAAUGAGGGGCCAUGGUUUAUGCCAGACAUAUUAGUUAAUGUACACAGGCCAGGUGAAGAAUCUGUUGGAGUUAUAAGAGAGGUUCUUCCGGAUGGGUCUUGCAAGGUAGCGCUUGGCUCAAGUGGAAAUGGUGAAACGAUAACUGCCCUUCCCAAUGAAAUGGAGGCCGUGGUGCCAAGGAAAUCAGACAAAAUAAAGAUAAUGGGUGGAGCAUUGAGGGGGUCUACAGGCAAGUUGAUUGGUGUAGAUGGUACUGAUGGUAUUGUAAAGGUAGAUGACACAUUGGAAGUCAAGAUUUUAGACCUAGUUAUUUUGGCUAAAUUAGCUCAACCAUGAUUAGGCUUGUCUUAGGAAAAAAAUUUACUUAAAUGCACAAGCUUUUCGUCCUUCA